CACCGAACGGUAGUUUGAGCCAAGUUCUCAGACUGGCUAAUUUGAAUAUGAGGCUCGACAACUUACUGGAUGGAUUCGGUAGAGUUAUGUAACAACAGCUGGCCAAUGUACGUGGUCAGGAACCCAGAGGUGGCCAUGGUGUUUUGCACGAGUACCAGUAAUGUUGCGUAAACGCCCUGAAUUUAUGAAGGAUUCACUGUGGCUUUUUGACGAAUGGAAUUCGCGGCUUGAUCAAUGACACAGCCUACCAACAAUUAUGGCGCUUGCAGACAAGUUCAGCAACAGUGCGUUGUCACAUUGAUAAAUUUAUCUCCGGUCACUUUUGGGAAUGGAGAGAGCAGUUUCCGGUUUAUAAUAGAGUGCUGAGCCACCCUCAGCUGUCGGUCCAUGACCCAUAUCUCAACCUUAACGCACAACGACUGAUCAAGUAGCCAGCACCCAGUAUGCACCAUUGCGUACUCUGCGAUCAACGAUUUGCCAGCGAAACGGCACUUCAACAGCACCGACGCGAUUCGCCUAUGCACAAAAAGAGCCUGGAAUGCAAGAUCUGUAAUCGCAUGUUUGGAAGUGAGGAAGCACUUAAACAACACCGACGAGACGCGCCUGCGCACACAGGGACCUUCGACUGUGAGGCUUGCAACCGCUUCUUUGGUAGCGCAGGUGCUCUGAAACAGCAUCAAAGCGACUCUCCAACCCACAGGAUACCUGCGCAAACUCCAGCUGUUGACGAUCUCAAAAGGUCAUCUUCUCAAGCAUCCGAGUCGCCCGAUCCGAAGACUGGACAUCACCCUCGGGGCAGUGGUGAUUUCCGAAGAGACUCGGGAGUCUUCCCGAACAAGCCCACAAAGAAGGAAUCCUCCAACCGAAAAGUAGAGACCCAAGAGUUCUUCACAUUUCCUGAGCUCCACCAAAGCGUCGCAGAGGCCAUCGCACCGCACACAACCUCAUUGUGGUUCUACGAAACCAACCACGACAGCAGGUAUGAUAGGAAUCACUCUACAAAGGUUAUAGGACAGUUUACAUGUACGAAAACAUCAUGCAGAAAUCGAUGGGGAAGCAAGAUAGUCGCAGUUUGGAUUAAAAGACAUGCUCGCAAUCAUUACAGCGCUGUAGUGUAUAACCAGAAGUGCCGGACUUGUGGCUUUCUAGGGCAUCUUAAGAUGGACGAGGAAUGCUAUACUGAGCGUGUUGCUUACAGACUUAAGAAAUGGGCAGGAGUGCACAUGGAGCAGCCUCCUUUCGAGCCGAAGAAAGGCCCGCCGCACGAGAUUGAAUUGUGUGAAGGCUGUAAGAGGGGAGUUUGUCCGCAGAUAAGAGACUCAGAAGAGCACUAGGAUUGUUAUCUUAUCUGUAACGUACCCCACGGGCGAGUCGGACACACGGGCGAGUCGGACACACGGGCGAGUCGGACACUUUUGCCAAGACCCUACUAAACCUCACCCUAUUAUGGCCCAAAACACCACACU